AUGGGAGGGGUUACUUCAUCAAUGGCGUCGAAAUUGGCCUUCUUUCCGCCGAACCCACCAUCAUACAAGUUGGUGGCAGACGAAAUGACGAGUCUUUUGCUGCUGAGCUCUUUUCCGCACCGGGAAAACAUGGAAAUCCUGCAGCUGCCAACGAGAAAGGGGACGGAGGUAGUGGCGAUGUACAUAAGACAUCCCAUGGCUACUUCCACUAUGCUUUACUCCCAUGGGAACGCCGCCGAUCUGGACCAGAUGUAUGAGCUCUUCGUCGAGUUGAGCAUCCACUUGCGGGUCAAUCUCAUGGGGUAG